AAUACGGUCUUACUAAAGAACAUUUCAUUUGAUUUCAUUUCAUUUAAUCUUGCAAUAUUUUCUUUUCAUUUUAUACAAAGACGAAUUUUGUUUUUUUAAAGAUCAAGUACUAACACAUUCCACAAAGAGAUUCAUCAUGGAAGCGGAUGGCCCGUCCUCUGGAGUGGCUCAGGACCAGGGUGGUGGCCACAGUCCCCAGGAGGGAGUUAUCCGCGAUGGAGGCGCCGCUGGCCAUGCAGACGAAGGCCGAAAGCGACUAAUCCAGCAACAACUGGCGCUGCUCCUCCAUGCUCACAAGUGCAAACGCAAGAGGCAGUGUCGUGUCAACCAUUGCAGGACGAUCAAAACAGUGCUGGCCCACAUGGCCACUUGUCGUAAAGGCAGUGAGUGCCCUGUGACUUAUUGUGCUUCAUCACGGCAUAUCCUGUUGCAUUACAAGACCUGCAAAAACAGUGACUGCUUUUUUUGCUCCUUUGUUCGACAGCGAAACUGAAAAUAUCACUGUGCACGCAGUGACUAUACAUACGUACACACGAAGAAAUGAAAAUCUCCUAUGAUGGUCCGAUCGUAACGUUUGACACACUAACCGGAAGGCAUCGCAAAAACUAUUUAAAAUAGAACCAAAUAAUAUCAUUUGUAAAUUGCCUAAGAAAUAAACCAGAGAAUCCAAUAAAAAUCAUUAUUUUUAUCAACCAGAA